CAAACCGCAAACCCCGAAGCCUUGGACAAAGUCAAUCAGCAACGCUAAAUUCCGAAAUCCAUCCCCAAUUUCAAAUAACUUUUAAUUUUAAAUUAAAAAGAAAAACAAAACAAAACAAAAGCUAAAGCUGACCUUUCUGAUCCACACACACUGUUCUUUCAUCUCUCCAAACGAACAAUCGCUCGCUCUAGCGACUCCAGGGGUUCAGGAAAACCCUAGCAGUGCGUGAAACAAAAAGGACGGUUUAAUAGCUUCAGCAACAUGUGUCAAACCAAUAGAAAGUGAAAGAAGGGAAAUUUCAGAAUAGAAAUAGGAAACCCUUUGGAGGAAAUUAAAGCGAAAUAAGAUGAAGAUUGCAGUAGAAGGAUGCAUGCAUGGAGACUUGGAAAACGUUUACAAGACCCUCCAAUACAUGGAGCAAAUCAACAACUACAAGAUCGAUCUCCUCCUCUGUUGUGGCGACUUUCAAGCCGUGAGAAAUGAGGUUGAUAUGGAGAGCUUAAACGUGCCGCGUAAAUAUCGUGAAAUGAAGUCGUUUUGGAAGUACUAUUCGGGUCAAGAAGUUGCCCCAAUCCCCACCAUCUUUAUAGGUGGAAAUCACGAAGCUUCUAAUUAUUUGUGGGAAUUGUAUUAUGGGGGAUGGGCAGCGCCUAAUAUAUACUUCCUAGGAUUUGCUGGAGUGGUUAAGUUUGGUAACAUUCGUAUAGGUGGACUUUCUGGAAUUUACAAUGAGCGCCAUUAUCAUUUAGGACACUUUGAGAGGCCUCCUUAUAAUGAAAGUACUAUUAGGUCUGUAUAUCAUGUUCGUGAAUUUGAUGUGCACAAACUCAUGCAAGUCGAGGAACCGAUUGAUAUUUUUCUUUCGCAUGACUGGCCUCGUGGCAUUACUGAAUAUGGGAAUUGGAAGGAACUUGUUCGGUACAAGCGACAUUUUGAAGAAGAGAUUCGGGAUGGAACUCUUGGAAGUGAAGCUGCUGCCCAACUGUUGGAGAAGUUGAAACCUUCUUAUUGGUUUUCUGCUCACCUACACUGUAAAUUUGCUGCUGCUGUUCAUCAUGGAGUAGGUGGUCCUGUAACAAAGUUUCUUGCACUUGAUAAGUGUCUUCCAGGACGUAGAUUUUUACAGGUUUUUGAACUUGAAUCAGAGCCAGGACCUUAUGAGAUUCAGUAUGAUGAAGAGUGGUUGGCUAUAACUCAGAAGUUCAACUCUGUAUUCCCUCUGACUUAUAAAAGUGCAAAUUUUAGGGAUGUACAGCUUGACACACAAGAUUCUCGUCAAUGGGUCAGGAGCAGGCUACAAGAAAGUGGAGCUAGACCUUUUGAGUUUGCACGCACAGUCCCUUGUUACAACCCCUUGCAAUCUGUGCAUAUUGAUUCUUUUUCUGGAAACCCUCGGAAUCCACAAACGGAGUCUUUCUUGCGGUUACUAGAACUUCCAAAUCUUCUUGACAAUGCUCAGAGUGAUGCUACAUUGAGUCAUGGAGGUCCUGAUAUUGACUCAGAAGAAAUUCCCAUUGAUGAUGUUGAUGAUACCGAAGAACUUGCAGAAGUUGAUGUGGCGAACUAAGAAUGAAAAGCUGUGAAGAUUUUGUGUGUUUAACUUACAAGAUGUCCGGUAAAAAGAAUCUCUAUCAAAUCUGCCGGACAUCUGAAUCUACUGGAGGGGUAGAAGGGCCUUAUCAGUUGAUCUGUGUAAAAGCUCUUUUCCUUACGGUGGAUUAGAAUUGUUCAGCUGCUCUUCUAAUUAACUAGAUAAGUUGGGGCUUUAGGCAGUGCUUUGAGUUGUCUAACUAAACGUGAACUAGACCCAUAAAUAGCUCAGGUAGUUGAUUGUCAAGUUUCAGUUUAUUCCAAUUUUUAUUGGGCAGGUUUUUUUCAAAUCCUUGAAAGACAAAUCAAAAUCUUUGAGUUA